AUGGCUGAAAAGGCUGGUGCCGAGCGUACCGAAGCCACUCGACGCCGUAGCUCACGGAUUUCUCGGGCUUCUCUGAGCGGGGACUGGUCCAACCUGGACGAGUAUGGCAAGCUUGUCAAGUAUGUGUCGACUUUCAAGGACCCCAAUGCGGCCGAUGAGGAAUCGGGCGAAGUGGUAGAAAAGCGGGCCUGGUAUGCUCCGUGGAAGAAGCGCAAGGUCCGCAUCAAGAGAGUUGAAGGCGAAACCGGCAAAUUUCCUCCAGAUUGGACCAUGACCGACAUCCGGGAGGGACUUUCUAGUGCGGAAGUCCCGAUACGCCGUCGUCGGGCUGGAUGGAACGAGUUGACAUCUGAGAAGGAGAAUCCCAUUGCGAAGAUUCUUUCGUACUUUCAAGGUCCAAUUCUCUACGUGAUGGAGUUGGCCGUUUUGCUAGCUGCCGGUUUGAGUGAUUGGGUUGACUUUGGUGUGAUCAUCGGUAUCCUGUGUCUGAACGCCUCGGUCGGUUGGUAUCAAGAAAAGCAAGCUGCGGAUGUAGUUGCGAGUUUAAAGGGUGAUAUCGCGCUGCGGGCACAGGUUGUCCGUGACAGUGCUCAACAAGAAUGCCUUGCUCGAGAGUUGGUACCAGGCGAUGUGGUCAGUCUUCCCCUCUCAAUUAUUCUCAGGGCAUACUUAAACUUACAAGUUCUCCAGGUAAUUAUUGGUGAAGGCCAGGUUGUACCUGCCGACUCGAGGGUGAUCUGUGAUUUCAAGGAUCCGCAUGGCUGGGAAGAGUUUAACCAGCUUGAAGAGCAAGGUAUGCUGGGUGGAGGAUCUGAAUCUGACGAAGACGACCCAAGCAAGAACGAGAAGAAAAAGGAACAAGAUGACGGUAAAGCAAAGGAAGCAGAAGGCAAUGAUGAUGACAAAGAAGAGCAACCAACUCAUCAGCCUCGUAGGCGUGGAUACCCUAUAUUGGCUUGCGAUCAUUCUGCCAUAACAGGCGAGUCGCUGGCUGUGGACCGUUAUAUGGGUGACAUGAUCUUUUAUACAACUGGGUGCAAGCGAGGCAAAGCAUAUGCUGUAGUCCAGACAGGUGCGAGAACUUCCUUCGUUGGCCGCACUGCUACCAUGGUGCAAUCUGCCAAGGGCGCCGGACAUUUCGAACUCGUGAUGGACAACAUAGGGACAUCCUUGUUGGUUCUCGUUAUGGCUUGGAUCCUCGCUGCGUGGAUUGGUGGCUUCUUCCGUCAUAUUCCAAUUGCUUCGCCCGGGCAGCAGACCUUACUUCACUAUACCCUGUCAUUGUUGAUCAUUGGCGUGCCUGUCGGUCUGCCAGUCGUGACAACUACUACUAUGGCUGUCGGUGCAGCAUAUCUGGCAAAAAAGAAGGCAAUUGUGCAAAAGCUGACUGCGAUUGAGUCACUAGCUGUAAGUUCGCACCAAAACGAAGUGCUGCGUCACAAACUCACAAAAGGACAGGGCGUUGAUAUUCUUUGCUCGGAUAAAACCGGUACUCUGACGGCAAACAAUCUGAGUAUCCGCGAUCCAUAUGUGGCCGAAGGUGUGGAUGUAGACUGGAUGUUUGCCGUUGCUGCAUUGGCAUCCUCGCACAACAUUGAAUCGCUUGAUCCGAUCGACAAAGUCACCAUUUUGACACUCAGACAGUACCCAAGAGCUCGAGAGAUUAUGCGUCGUGGCUGGACCACUGAGAAAUUUACGCCCUUUGACCCAGUGUCAAAACGGAUUGUCACCGUGGCGGUCUGUGAUGGAAUUCGAUAUACAUGCACGAAGGGAGCUCCAAAGGCCGUACUCCAAUUAACGAGUUGCUCUAAGGAGACCGCUGACAUGUACAAAGCCAAAGCGCAAGAAUUUGCGCAUCGAGGCUUUCGUUCUCUUGGUGUCGCUGUUCAAAAGGAAGGAGAAGAUUGGGCGUUGCUUGGAAUGCUGCCGAUGUUUGAUCCACCUCGUGGAGACACAGCCCAGACUAUCAGUGAAGCACAGAACCUUGGUAUCAGCGUAAAAAUGCUUACAGGUGAUGCCAUUGCUAUUGCAAAAGAAACAUGCAAGAUGUUAGCUCUGGGCACCAAGGUGUACAACUCGGACAAAUUGAUUCAUGGCGGUUUGAGUGGUGCUAUGGCCAGUGAUCUUGUCGAGAAAGCGGAUGGAUUUGCCGAAGUGUUCCCUGAACAUAAAUAUCAAGUGGUGCAAAUGUUGCAGGAACGGGGCCAUCUGACGGCGAUGACAGGAGACGGCGUGAAUGACGCACCCUCGCUUAAGAAGGCUGAUUGCGGAAUUGCCGUUGAAGGUGCUUCUGAAGCUGCGCAGUCUGCAUCGGACAUUGUGUUCCUCGAGCCUGGCUUGUCGACUAUCAUUGACUCAAUCAAGGUUGCACGGCAGAUUUUCCACCGCAUGAAGGCCUAUAUUCAGUACCGUAUCGCACUUUGCCUGCAUUUGGAGAUUUACCUCGUGACCUCCAUGAUUAUUCUCAAUGAAAGCAUCCGAGUGGAGCUGAUUGUCUUCCUGGCAUUGUUUGCGGAUCUUGCAACAGUCGCCGUUGCCUACGACCAUGCUUCUUUCGAACUGCGGCCUGUCGAAUGGCAACUUCCAAAAAUUUGGUUCAUCUCUUGCGUGUUAGGUGUGCUGCUCGCGUUAGGUACCUGGGUUGUGCGCGGAAGCAUGUUCUUGAAGUCUGGAGGAAUUAUCCAGAACUGGGGUGCUGUUCAGGAAGUCCUAUUUUUAGAAGUGGCUCUGACCGAGAAUUGGCUCAUCUUCGUUACUCGUGGUAGCGACACUUGGCCAUCCAUACACUUGGUGACUGCGAUUCUCGGCGUGGAUGCGUUGGCAACUAUUUUCUGCCUGUUUGGAUGGUUCACCAAUCAAGAUAUGAAAACCAAGCCUGCCGACAAAUUUGUUGAAACUACGAAUGGCUGGACUGAUAUCGUGACUGUUGUGCGAAUCUGGGGUUAUUCGCUAGGUGUCGAGAUCGUCAUUGCUCUGGUAUACUUCAUCCUGAACAAGAUCAAGUGGCUUGAUAACUUGGGCCGGGUUCAACGCGACAAAGGUGAAAUCAAAAUUGAGAACUUCCUCGCUCACAUAUUUCGCCUUACUGUUGAAUAUGAAGAGGAUGGCCAGCCAAAGGGCCGAUUCUGCCUGGCUGCCAGCAAGGAAGAGGAGGAGGCCGAGUGA